AUGGACAAAAGCAAGGCAGCACCAGUGCCAUUGAAGUGGCGGCGUCAAGUGCUUCCUCCCGCCCCACCUGAGGACGGCAGGCCCGAGGAGCCUUGGCGUGAGGGGAACCGCUCCGAUGCCGACUCCGAGGAGAACGUCCAAUUCGUCACCAGCCGCACUCCCAGCUCGGAGUCCGAGGACUUCCUCCGAGCUCUGCCCGAGAGGCCGGAUGACGAGUACGACGAUGCACCUGGACGCGCUCAACUUGUUGCCACCCUCCGUGAGCUCUUGGAGGAGGAGGAGCAGUCAGAAACAUCGCAAGGUGCGCAAAAAGCUGAGACGGCACGGCUGCCUACCCCUCCUGCAGCCCCUGCAGAAGACCUCCAGGUGAACGAAGAGUUCGCGCUAGAGGAGGAGUUCCGAGAAGAAGAAAACAUCGAGCACGACGUCAACGUGCAGUUGCAGCUCGAUGACAGUUUGGCGAUAUCAGCCGUGGAAGACUCCCAGCAGCCCUUGCAGGAGCCAGCCGAAAAGAGGGGGCGCCUGGGUUCUGCGCUGCGAGCCCGGGCCAAGGCCUUUGCGAGGGGCCGCGCAUCCAAAACUGAUGGAAAGGGAAAGAAGAAGAACAAGGCUCAGGCGCAGAGCCCUCCAGCCAGUCUGCCGAGAGCCAACUCUCGCCUGUCCGAGAUGAGUUCCGCUAGUUUCGUCUUUGACGACGACGAGGAGGAGAUCUCGUCGGAGUCGCAGUUGAAGAGAUCCUUCCGAUGCUUCAGCUGUCGGUUCCAGUGCAGCCUCUCCUGCAUCAGCUUUCAGAUCUAUGUUCUGGCCUUGGCCCUUGCUGUCGCGGGCGCCAUCUACAUGGGCCUCGAGGGGCCUGAGAUACAGCUGGGCGCCUUUGACCUCUGGACGCAGGUGCAAAAACCUGGAUCCCAAGACGCCCGCUACUUUGCCUUCGCGCGGCGAUCGGCGCUGGGGCUCCGUCACGCACUCCCUCUCGGACCAGCAAAUGCGAGCGCGGCCAGACAAUGGCACAGCAUCGAGCUGUUUUGGGAGAUGGGCGCUUCGGAAGAGCAGAAGCUUCAGGACUUUCAGCCCGAAGUCAUCAGUGACGCCUACAUGUCCCGAGUCCAUGCGGCCGAGGCCCAGGUGCAAGCGCUGACCGGCUGGAGUUCCUUCUGCAACGCCACACCGGCAGAGGUGCAGUUCCUGUGCCGGCCUGGGGACUCCCUGCCGGCCUUAGCCUUUGGGACCUGGGAGGCGCCCAACUUCAACGAGCAGAUUCUUGGGAUGAAAUGGAAGGCCUUGGAGCUGGAGUCGCCGGCCAGAAGCAAUCCGGCCCAGAAGCAAACCAGUCAUCGGAUCUGCACAGAGAGCCAGAGAGCCAUGCGUCCGCUUCCUCUCCUGGCUGCAUUCCUUGCGGCGCUGGUGAAUGCCAACAUUUUGACCUACGACACGCUCCCGGUGAAUUCAGCGGGUACAUGGUUUGGGCCUAUGCAGGCAAAGUACGCCUGCUCAGAUCCGAGCACCGAUGCCGGUUUGGAGGAGUGCCUCUCGGUUCUACUCGCACCCAACGGCUACACCACCGAUUAUUUGAAGCUGGUCUAUGAAGCACCUGCCAUAACGUGGAAUGACGAAAAUCGCACCAAAUUCGAUCUGGUGCGCGUCAACGGCUCCACCGUCAAAGUCAAAGUCGGAGAGUCAGUUCCCAUGAUGGGCGGCAUGGACGAGACCGUGGAUGGUGUGGCAGGAUCCGAAUACAACGGCUUCCUGGUUGCCACGGACUUUGCGUAUCCAUGGGAACCGGCCAGAAGUUCACUCCAGAUGAUGCUGGCACAGCUGAUCAUCAGCAACGGCUUCUCAGCAAGGUCUAUGCCGCUGUUCACCUACACCAACGAUGGUGCGAUUGAUGACGACGGAUGCCUUGGGAUGGUGAACAACACCCCCGGCUUUGAUGCCACGACCCUUGCAGAGAAGUGCCCAGAUGUGAAGAAUCUUACCAGCGGGAUGUACAAGUACACAUUCAUUGCUUACCAGGAGUCACAUCUCGAUUGCCCGAACUGCACUCUCACUUUCCGGAACAGGGUCGAGGUUGGCAUUUUCUCCACGAUCACCAUCAACUCGGACAAGACUCUCGACACCAUUGGUUCAACAGCAGUCUCGAAGAUCCGUUUCGAGGAUAGCUCGAACUCCAGCAUGUACCUCGAAAUCGAGCUGCCUACCGUGGUGACGACCGGCCGCAAGGAUUCCCAGAAGUCAGAUGCAAACGGUGCCACUGUGACGGUGACGAAGAUCAGCGACACGUCCUUCUACUUGGAUUUUGCGAUGGCCGCGCCGGGACCAGACAACAUCGCAUUCUACGACCCUGCUGUCACGGGGCAGGGGCCCCCACCCUCUGAUACAAGCGUCGGAUCUGGGUUCGCCUCCAGUCCUUGCCUGUGGGUCCUUUUGUCAUCCCUUCUGUGGAAGGUCAUGUAA